CGGUGAGAGAGCGAGCGACAAAGGGGAAAGGUGGGUGUCGGACAAAGAGAGCCGAUCGCGAGAUCGUCCGACGGUGGCGGCGAGCCGAAGAGAGAGACGGCACGACAAAGUAUAGGUGAGCGUAGUAGGAGUAGUAUUUGCUUUUAGCGUAGAGGAAGCGAGAGAGGUAGGAAAACGAGAAGGUGCGCACUUCGCGGGAGGAAGAGAGAGAGAGAGAGAGAGAGGGGCGAUAGUUUCGUAGGAGAGAGCAACAGAGACAGGGUGAGCAAAGAGAGACGGAGAAAUAGGUUGCACUAGGUUGGAGCGGGACGAACGGAGAGGAGUAAGCGCGAAAGCGCAGCGCCCGGUGAAGCGGUCUGGUGGGUAGGAGGGAGCCCUCGACAGAGCUCUGGGAGAGCCGUCGUCGUCGAGCCGACGUGUCGCCGUGAGAGGAGGUGCGAGAGGAGCUCUAGAAGCGGCAGGAGAGUAACGUGCUAUCUAGCGCACCCAGACCCGUCGCGGGACACGCUGAACCGCUCGAAGGAACCACGCGCGCCGACGUCGACCGAGAGAAACGUUGUCUCUCUCUCUCUCUCUCUCUUCCUAAUUCUCCCCACCUUCUUUCGCGUGCUCCCUCCUCCUCGUCGUCCGUCAAGCGUCGUGCGCGCGAGACACACCGUCGUCGGUCGUCGGAGCCGUGUGACAGCUCCCGCGCGUGGUCUUCACUCCGUGCGAGUUCGAUCGUCGUCGAAGAGCGGAACGAGUAACCGCGCGCGCGAGUAACCGAGAGAGCACGGAGAGUAGAACGCGGCGCAUCACCUAACCGAUCGACGUACCGGGGAGGAGGCCGUCGGCGUCAUCCCCGGCGAGCGACGAGUAGCCCGCGCGAGUGGCACCACCGGGGACACACCGUCGACGUCGUCGGCGAGGUCGAUUGGCCGGUCAACGGACCGUAACAGCAACAACUUCGGCAACAACAACACCAGCAGCAGCGGCGGCGGAACCAUGGCGGACGAUCAGGACUACACGUGCGAGGACUCCCUCGGGACCGGCGACAACAACACCGCUUUCGCCAAGAAGCUGCGGGGCCGGAAGGGUGCCCUUAAGAAGAAGAAUGUCUACAUGGUCAAGAAUCACAGCUUCAUGCCGCGAUUCUUCAAGCAGCCCACUUUCUGCAGCCACUGCAAGGACUUCAUAUGGGGCUUCGGAAAACAGGGAUAUCAGUGCCAAGUCUGUAGUUUCGUCGUUCACAAACGAUGUCACGAAUACGUGACCUUUACGUGUCCGGGAGCUGACAAAGGCGCAGACUCGGACGCGAGCCAAAAGCACAAAUGGGAGGUUUUCACGUACCUGACGCCGACCUUCUGCGACCACUGCGGCUCGAUGCUUCACGGUAUCGCCCAUCAGGGACUCAAGUGUUCAGCAUGCGACAUGAACGUACACAAGAGGUGCGAGGAGAGCGUGCCAAAUCUAUGCGGAUGCGAUCACACCGAAAGACGUGGUCGUAUACACCUGCACAUCACAACAUCCGGUAGCAAGCUCUCUAUAGAAGUGCGAGAAGGACGAAAUCUUAUUCCGAUGGAUCCGAAUGGGCUAUCAGAUCCCUAUGUUAAGCUGAAGCUAAUCCCGGAUUCAGACAACGUGAAGAAGAAAACAAAGACAAUCAAGUCGUGCUUAAAUCCAGAAUGGAACGAGACAAUCAUCUUCGACCUCAAACCUGAGGAUAAAGAUAGGCGGCUGUUGAUCGAGGUAUGGGAUUGGGAUCGAACAUCCAGAAACGACUUUAUGGGAUCUCUAUCUUUUGGCAUAUCGGAGCUUCUUAAAGCGCCCGCAAGUGGGUGGUUUAAGCUUCUCACUCAAGAGGAGGGAGAGUUCUACAAUGUACCUGUUCCUGAAGAAGGCGUCGACCUCGUUGAGCUUAAAACUAAAAUGCGGAAAACUUCGGUGACGAAAAAGACACAUACGGCACAGGAUAAGGAUGUACCACACAACAUGGGAAAGAGUGAUCUGAUACGAGCUAGCGAUUUUCAUUUCUUAAUGGUACUUGGUAAAGGCAGCUUUGGCAAGGUGUUAUUGGCGGAAAGAAAAGGAACCGAUGAGUUGUAUGCUAUCAAAAUCUUGAAAAAGGAUAUCAUUAUUCAGGACGAUGAUGUGGAAUGCACAAUGGUCGAGAAACGUGUACUCGCCCUUUCGAGCAAGCCGCCCUUUUUAGUGCAAUUGCAUUCUUGUUUUCAAACGAUGGAUCGCUUGUAUUUCGUAAUGGAAUACGUGAACGGUGGCGAUCUGAUGUACCAAAUACAGCAGUGUGGCAAAUUUAAAGAGCCAGUGGCAGUAUUCUACUCGUCUGAGAUAGCAAUCGGCUUGUUCUUCUUACAUUCGCGUGGCAUUAUCUACCGCGACCUCAAGCUUGACAAUGUCUUGCUGGAUCAGGACGGUCACAUAAAAAUCGCGGAUUUUGGCAUGUGCAAGGAAGGUAUCACCGGAGACAAAACUACCAAGACCUUUUGCGGCACACCCGAUUACAUAGCGCCCGAGAUUAUCCUAUACCAACCUUAUGGGAAGUCCGUGGACUGGUGGGCUUACGGUGUAUUACUCUACGAGAUGUUAGUAGGUCAACCACCGUUCGACGGCGAGGAUGAGGAUGAACUUUUUUCCGCAAUUACGGAUCACAACGUCAGUUAUCCGAAAAGUCUGUCUAAAGAAGCCAAAGAAGUUUGUAAAGCGUUUCUCACGAAAAAUCCGAGCAAGAGAUUAGGAUGCGGAAUGCGUGGUGAGGAUGACGUACGAAGCCACGCAUUUUUCCGGCGUAUUGAUUGGGAGAAAAUAGAAAAUCGCGAGGUGCAACCUCCUUUUAAGCCAAAAAUUCAACAUCGCAAGGAUGUGAGUAAUUUCGACAAACAAUUUACCUCGGAGAAAACAGAUUUGACCCCCACGGAUAAGCUAUUCAUGAUGAAUUUGGACCAGACGGAAUUUAUGGGUUUCUCAUAUCUCAAUCCAGAGUUUGUGCAACACGUUUAAGUGAACAUUUUUUUUUCUUAGGCUUGUACCCAUUCUUCGCUUCAUUCCUCGGCAUUUAUUUUUCUUUCCCUUUUUAUCACUUAGGGCUCUCUCUUUCAUUCUUCUCUAUUGCUCUCUAUCAAUUUCUUUCUCUCUCUUUUUUGCUCUAUCUCUCUAAAUCUUUGUAGCAUUCUCAUGACAAAAACAAGCGAGAACCUGGGACUCUAUCAUUUUUGGAUCUCACUAGAAAUUUACGCAAGUCUUUGGUGUAUUUCUAAGCAAUUGCUGAUUGUACGUUUGUGUUAUUUACUCUGUAAAAAGAGGAUAUAAAAAAGAGAAAGAAGCAUGGCGUAGAUGCUGAGAGUUCAUCGAAUGAAUCUAAAUAUAGUUGUCACAAGGAAAGGACGAAACUGACGAACGGAGAAAUAGUACAUGUGGGAAGAUGCGUUUCCUGCAAUAAAAAAAAUGAAGAAAAGUAUUACGACUGGCAAAGGAGAUAUUUCAAAAUCGAUGUCUUCGUUCUUUGCGAAUAUUAUUAUGCAUUUACUUCAGUAGUCUCUCUACUGUCGCCUUCCAGAGUAUAUAUAAUAUAUAUAUAUUGGACGAAUGUGAAUGAAUAUAUGAUUAUAUAUACAUUAUAUAUAUACAUAUAUAUAUUAUACAUUAUAAAUUUCUAUCGAUAUUUCGUUAAUGUUGCACUUUUCAUCGGUUUAAUCUUCUUAAGUAGCGGAUCUUUAGAGCUGGAUCCUUAGAUUCUCCGGAUUCACGACGGGUAAAGAAUUUAUUAGUGCUAUGUCGAGGUCAACUCUCAUAUUGACACACAUAUGUAAACGUAAAAAUACGCUCACACAUAUAUACUUACUCAUACUUACGUAAAUACGGGCCGUGUAUGGCUUUUCUUUUUCCUUCCUCCUUUAUUUGUUGCGGAAGCACAAGUCUGAAGUGUCUUUUCUAGUUUUUCUCCGUUCUUCAAUGGGAACGCGGAUAGGAUUACAGGUAUCAUGCUCGAUAAACUCGUGUGUAUAUAUAUACAUAUAUAUACACACUAUUAUCAGUAAAUAAUGACGGAACGUUUUUCGAUGCGAGUCGAGGGUGCGCUGAGUCGAUCAUGGCCCGAUAUUGAUAAUAAAAGGAACGAUUGCCGCGUCGAAUAAUACGGAAACGGAAUCGUAUAACACAAUAGUUACACGUUUAUGCGGGAAGAAUCGACAAUAUGAACGCCAGUAUAUAAAGCUGGUAUAUAAAGCUUUAUGCACUUCUCGCUGAUGUAAUACGCCGUGCAACAUUAUUCGACACGAUAACGUUUUAUGUGAGAUGAGAUACGUUAAGAAUAUGCGAUUAAACUCGUAACUCUCUACAAUUACAUAAAGUUUUUUGCUGUAUGCUUGAAUAGAUCUUAUUUUACGUGACGUAUAUUAUAUUCUGAAAUUCUUUUCUUGGAAGCGUAUCGUUACAUGUAGAAGAGAAUGUUUGCGCGCAAAUAACUAAGUUUGCAUUGUCUGACAAUCGAAAUGAUCAAGGAUAGCAUCUUGAUCCACUUAGCGCUUUCCUCGUGCAUCUUUGUAAUUACUUGGAUGCGCCUUCUCUUGCCGAGACUUCUUUGUUCGUCUCGUUGAGAUGGGCACGAUCAUCGGAGGGAGCUUAGAGAGAUUUAGUAAAAAGCGAGUAAAAACAGAAAAUAUACUCACGCGAUGUUUUUCUCCUCGAGCCUGUGUCUUUUUCUUUGUUUCGAUGUCAUGGUAUACGUGCACGAAACGAAGGUAAAUAAUAUGAAUAAUAAUCAUUAUCGAUUAAUGCGCGUAAUUAAUGUAGACGUAGUUGAGCUCGACGCGGGCUUUCCCUUCGUUUUUAUACAUUUGGUAUUGGCAACUCGACGAGCGACUCUUUCGAUUAUUCGUAUAAUGUAGUUGUGUAACUGAUGUGACUAUGACGAAUUACAAGAAUGCCAAGGCCAAAAGAGAUAAUGACUUUCCUGCACCUCAAGAAUCUAUAGCGACGAAAUAAUCAUAUUUUCAUCAUCCUUUAUAAGUUCUUAGAAAACAAAUCAUUAGUAGGAAGGCAGUCGCAAUCGUUCGUUGAGUUGCGAUAUAUGUAUAAAAAUAAAGAUUCAAGGACGAACUCGUAUCCUCUUCCUCAUUCCCGUUGUUUGUCUUAUGAAGUUUUAUGAUUCUUCGAUAAAGGAUGUAUUACAUACAUUUUUAAAAUAAGUAAAAAUUAUGAAAAAUCAUAGAUUGUUCUAUAUUAUAUUUAAAAAUAACACAAAAAAUCUGGCGGCAAUUUUCUACCUGGAUAAAAAAUUAUUUUAAUAAGAAAUAAAAAUGUACUCUAAUGGAAAUAUAAUUAAGAAAUUAUGGCAAAAAUUAGAAUUUUUUAAUAUUAGUAUUUUAAGUGUUUAAGAUGAUUUUUGUAAAAUUGUUAUAGAUAAAUAAAAUUUAUUUGUAUGUUUAAUUAUAGAACAAUUAAGCUCAGAAUUGCAAUAAAACUUUGCGUAAAUCACCUUGAAUACUUAAAAUACAUAUACAUAUAACAAAAUCAAGAUUUUUAUCAUCAUUUUUAAAAAUAAUUUUUGAUAACAUAAAGUUAUAAAUAAAUUAUAAAAAUGUAUUGUUAAUAAAGUAUAAUAUUAUUUACACGGCACUUUUAUAUGUAUACAUAAUUUAUUUAAAGUAUAAAUAUUAUAACAUAUUUUCAGUUUUAAUUUACUUUACUGGAAUUGUACGUGUGAUACAUCUUUAAACAUUUUAAUUUCUUAUCUGUCACUUAAUGUGUAAAUUACGAAAGAUUGUUUAAUUAAAGACAUUUGUUCCUUAUUAUUAUAAAUUAAGAACUUAUUUGCGAUAAGAAUAUUCUUUCAUCACGGCUAGACGCUAUUAAAAUUACUCUCACGGUAGAAGGAUACGAGUUCGCGUUUCUUUAUAACUUGAGACUAUCACUACUAUUAUUGAGCGUGUUCUGAGAUAAUAAAAGAUUUAAUGUAGUUUUCGCCCUUCUUUUUCAGCGGGCGGUUCUUGCUCUUUGAUCGGGCGAUUUCGCGCAGUCUCGCCGCGAAAUUAUGUUCUCAUUUUGUGUCGGGCUGUCCGAUAUAAUUUCGAAACGUUAUGACCAAUUUAACAGUCGAUCAGAACUUUGUUAUUCUUUCGCAGUCAUACGUUGCUACCCAUACAGCAUCGAUUGUUGUGGCAAGUUUUCAGAAAAGUUUCAAUUUUUCACAUUUCAUGUGCAACAAUUCUGAAAAAAUUCUGCAAAAUGUAUAAAAUGUUGUAACAGAAAAGUUUCUAAAAUCUAUCACAUAUAAAAAUUUGAAAACAUUUAAACAGAAUAAAAAUCAUUAUAUUAAAAUAACAAAGUAGUUCUAAAGUAAUUAUUAAGUUUUCGAUCAAUCACGAUUCAUUUUUAUAUCAUUUUGAUGUUAUUAUGACUCAUUGUUAUAUUUGAACAUAAUUUGUCAUAAUGCUUUAAUUUUGUUAAGUACAUACUAGAGAAGAAAAGUUAAUAUAUACUGCAAAAAUAAUUCUUAAAUCUUUUAUAAUUAGAGAAUUACUUAAUACUUCAAGCAAAUUUAAGUCAUUUUAGUAACUUUGAUAAUAUUUUAGGAAGAUUACAGUUAACCCCCCCCCCUUUUAGCAAUUUUUUUAUAAAGUUUUAAAUUAAAAAAUCUUGAACAUUUUGCUAUUCCAGAAAGUUGUUUCAGAAACGUUGCAAACAUAUUUCACAACUUUCAUGAAUUAUUUAAUUUUUUAAUUGAAAUAUUUCUGAGAUAUUUGAAAAGUUUCAGUGCUGUGUGGGUAAUUAUAAUAUAAUUUUAAUAUAUGCAUUGUAUUAUACACGAUUAUAUUACUUAUUAUAAGUCAAUGUGAUAGUUAGCAUACUAGCUCUCUGCACAUCCUGCGUUCGUCGUAUUUGUUCCUGUCUUCGGAUGUUAUGAUAAUACAGUUUUUGCUUGCCCACGAUAUUAUAGCAACUUUGAAGAACAUAAUAAAAAAUUUCUGCAUCCGUCAAGAUGAAAAAUAUACCAAUUCCACAUCCACAGCCAUGAAAACCCAACACCGUUUAUAUAAUAAAUAUUAUUUUACGAUA